AUGGGCAACACAGCCUUGACCCCUUUGGUCCACCAGUACUGGGACCAGAAUCAGGACCCAGUCUUCUCAACGGCUGGGUAUGAGGUCAAAUUUAAGGACCUCAAGACUCUCCACAGAGCUGCCUACGAGGGCGACCUCUACGACAUGAUGGACCUGGUCCAUCUGAAAAGAAAUAAGUUAAAUGCAUAUGACAAGAAGAAGAGGAGUGCUUUGCAUUUGGCUUGCGUAAGAGGCUAUGCCAAGGUGUCCACUAUGUUGAUCGACAAGGACUGCGAUCUGAACAUCAGAGAUGCUGAAGAGAGGACACCUCUGAUAAAGAAAGACACCACACCACUCUUCCUUGCUCUGAAGGAAACCCAUUCAGAUGUGGCGGAACUUUUAAUUAAGCAUAAGGCAAAUAUACAUCUAGUUGAUGGAUGUAGGAGAACAGCGCUCAUGCUUGCUGUACUUUGUAAUUCGGAAAGCUUAGUGGAUCUUCUUUUGGAGCAGAAUAUUAAUGUCUUUGCGGAAGAUUUAUUUGGACGGACUAUAGAUAAUUUUCUUCUUCCUGACUCUGAAAGCAUUCAACAGAAAAUUUUGGAAUACAAGGCAAAAAUUAAACCUAUAACUCCUGCACAAGCAAGAGCAACUUUGGUUAAGGAAAGGCGUUCUGUUUGUCAAAAAGAAGAAAUGGCUGAAAACCAUUUUUCCACCUUCACUUUAGUCCAGCCAUUCAUACCAGGUCCUCGAAUGGCCUUUGUCAACCAUUGUGAUACAGAGGAAGGAGCAAGAGAGUCAGAAGUUGGAGACAAUACCAACACGAUUGGUAUUGUUGAAAGUGCUACACAAAAGCAAAUAGAUAAAAUCUCUGUACUGUUAUCAGGACACGACAAACCAAAAGAACCAAGUUUGUAUUUGGAGAGUAUUUCAGAGACUCUCUCAGAGAAGGAUCUUAGUCAUUCAUCUCAGGAUGCCAAUCAAGAAGAAAAAAACAGAGUAAAUGCACAAGUAGAAGGACACAAAAUUUUAUCAAAAUCAGUGAAAGAGGAAGAAGAACCUAAAGGAAGUGAAAAUAACCAGCCACAGAAUUUAUCAGAGAAUCUUACCAAGGAGGAUCUUAGUGGUUCUUCUUGGACUGGCAAUUCAAAUGGAUACAAGACAGUACCCAAACAAGUAAAGGUGCAUGUUAAGACACAACCUCAGUAUCAGGUAACAAUAUUCAUUCAGGAAAUUUGCACACACAGAGAAGAUUGGAUUACUGCAGCUCCAGAGAUGACUGGAAGGAGGAGGAAGUGCUGGAUUGGGGCAGAACACAGGGAGGCAUUUCUUUUCUCCAGAAGGAUCAGGCAUCUGAGAUAUAUGUUGCAUUGAUACUAGUUAAUCAGAUCAGGUUACUUUGAACAAAGAUGGCUGGCUUUUUUUGCAAAUGUUAUUAUUGUUUUUUUUUUUUUUUUUCUAUAAAGUAGUUGUUUCCUAAUUCCCUUCAUGUGAGGGAAUUAUUUUCUGUACAUUGUGUGAAAUUGUGCUUU